AUGUCGGCAAACCCUCAGCCUCCGAAGAAGUCGGGAUGGGGAGGCUUUCUCCAGCAGGCGAUUGCAGGAGUCGAAUCCAGACUAGACACGAUUCUGGCGGACCAAGAGGAGGAACAUGUAGCUAAAGAGGCAGAUAAAGGCAAUCAGCAGCCUGAGCAACCAGCACUACAGGCUGGGAUGUCAUUCGCGAAGCCUGUCCCCCCUGCACACUCCAGAAGCUCAUCGAUUGCGAAAACGAAUGACCGUCUUCAAGAAAGUCUGGCCCGGGUAAUGGCUAAACGAGAGGUCGCCACUGGAAGCCCCGUAUCGACACUUGGAGUCUCUUCCCGCGCUGAAAGCCCUCUCUUUAGGGUCGAUGGUCGAACGAGUCUGGAUAGCGUCUCUGCUGGGGUAGAUUCCCGUGCUGUGAAAGAUGAUACUGCAUCAAUUUCGUCUUCUGCUCCGCGUUCGAGCCAAGAUAUCCAUUCAUUCCCGCGGAAGUCUAAAGAGAUUCAAUCGGAUUCAUCUGGGAAGCCUAACGGUCGUGGUAUAGAGGAUGACAGACGAGAAACUAGGCACUCAGUGGAUGGAGAUACCGACUCUUCAGCAGCCUCAGAAAGACAUAUCCAUGCGAUCGGAAUGACCGGAAUGACCGAAGGAACAACAACUUCUACGUCAGACUAUGAAGAAGCUAUGGCGCAAAUGAAAGCGAACCAUGAAGCCUCAGAGCUCCAAUGGCAGGAAGAACUGCAUGCAUAUGUGGAAAGGAUAGAUGCUUUGCAAUCAAAAUUAAAAUAUCUGGCAAAGGAGGCUGCAGAGUCAGCUAAAAAUGCUGCAGCAUCCGCAGGCGCCGGGACUCUUGAGAAAAAGCUUCUUGAAAAAGACGAGCAAAUUGCUAACUUAAUGGAGGAGGGCCAGAAACUUUCAAAGACCGAACUGGACCAUCGAGCAACCAUUAAGAAAUUGCGCCAAAAUAUUGCAGAGAGCGUGAAGUCUCAGGCAGACACUAAAAGGAAGUUUGAGAAAAUGGAAAAGGACCUUGCAAAUGCAGAGGAUAGAGCAAGUCGCGCAGAGUCUGCUGAGCGGAAGGCGACAGAAAAACUCAAUUUUAAAUCCAAGAUUGAAAAAGAACUUGAAGCAGUUACCGCAGAACUCAAUGUAUCUAAUUCAACAAUAGCGGACCUGAAGGGCCAGUUAGCAAAGUCUGCGUCUAGAGCUGAAGCAGCAGAACGGAAAGCCAAAUUGGAGUCUGCAGAGUCUGAAAAACGUCAGGUGGCCGAACUCAAGGAUGACCUCUCCAGUGCAAAAAUAGAGCGAGAGAUAAGCGAAGAAAAGCUCCGAAGGGAAAUCAGGGAUUUGAAAGAAGGUAUUGAGAGGGAAAAGGAACGAGCGCGAAUCCUCGAAAUCGAACUUCGCAGCGAGCAGUCUGUGCUUGAAAGCAAAAUGGAGAGCCUACGGUCUCGGGCGGAGGAAGUUUCGUCAAGCGCUAUCGGAGAUGCCCAUGCAAAGCUUCUUCGCCAGAUUGAAACUCUGCAAACUCAGUACGCUGUUGCCAGCGAGAAUUGGCAGGGGAUAAAAAGUUCACUGCUGGCACGCUUAACCACUGUCGAGAAGGAGCGUGAUGAUAUUGCCCGGAGAGAAGGGGACUUGCGGAGGAAAGUCCGUGAAGGGAGCCUCAAAGCCAAGAGAGUGGAAGGAGAGCUGGAAACUUCCCGAGUAGCCAUCCAAGAUAUGGAGAGGACUCUCGAGGAGUUAAAACAGGAGAUCCAGAGUCUGACACAGAAACUCGAGAAAACAGAGAACGAGCUUCUAAACACCAAACAAGACCUCACGAAGCAGAAGGAGGUUGCCGAAUUAACUUUAUCACAACGGCUUGAGGAGGAGAGAGCAAGAUGGCAAGAGCUCGCCCGACCGCCGUCAUCAACUUUCCGUCAACAACCCGGAAACGGAUCACCCGUCACCUUCAACCGGAAAUCAAUGAUCGGCCUGGAACCCACGGGACCUAUUUCCGACCGGGCCCCAAGCCACAGAUCGUCCUCAAUUCUCCCAAUCACAUUCUCUGAGCUCGCCACCCCAUCCCGCCAAAACUCCAUCUCAUCCCAAAACUCAAACCCACAAUCCCAUAAACCACCAUCCCAUGAAUUGUCAAUCACACCCGGCGAUCUCACGCACACACACCCAUACGAACAGGAAGAAUAUUUCAACGGCAUGGGAACCCCAGCCACACCAUCAGCGCACGAAACCAGCCCGCACCAUCUCCGCAGCAUCAACGAUUUCAUCUCCGUCUCCACCGUCGCCGCUGGCCCGUCUGUGCAACUAGUUGAGCGCAUGAGCAACACGAUCCGCCGUCUGGAAAGUGAAAGAGCCGCCUCCAAGGAUGAGUUAGCACGACUAACGGCCCAGCGCGAUGAGGCACGAGAGGAAGUUGUGGAGUUGAUGCGGGAAGUGGAAGAGAAGAGGAAGGGGGAUCAGCGGAUACAGGAGCUGGAGAGCACGGUUGAGCAACUUGACCAGCGGUAUCAGACUACGUUGGAGAUGUUGGGGGAGAAGAGUGAGUUGGUUGAGGAGCUGAAGGCGGAUAUUGCGGAUUUGAAGAAGAUUUAUAGGGAGUUGGUUGAUAGUACUAUGAAGUGA